UUAGUAAGUACUAGUAAGUAGUAAGUUAAAGCAUUUUGUGAUUCGUUUAAUUUAUUUCAGAUUGUUGACAGUCCUGCUAGACCUAAUAUGAAAUGUCCGGAAAAAUCCUCUUUAAUUGAUCUCAUUUUAACCGAUGUUCUUCAUAAAUAUUCUGCUGCUUCUGUUUUUGCCAAUGACAUCAGUGACCACUGUGUCAUUGCAACAGUAAGAAAUACAAAAGUUCCUAAAACUAACCGCGUGUCAUCAUAAAGCGGGACAUGAAACAUUUUGUGGAGCAAGCAUUUUUUCAUGACCGGUUUCUAUUUUGCUUGGAGAAAAUUAAUGUCAUUUCUGAUUUGAAAAUGCCUGGAAAUUCUUUUAUGAUGGUUUUAUUGAAAUUGUUAACAAGCACGCUCCUUUUAGGAAGUAUAGAAUAAAGGGCAGGGAUAAUGCAUGGUUCACGCCAGAGUUAUCCAAUUUCUCCAUGAGCGCAAUGUGGCAUGGUCUAAAGCCAGGAGUACUGGUCUUGGAUCAGACUGGCUGCUCUUUAGGCAGCUGCGAAAUGCAAGCACAGUGGCAAUUAGAAAAGCCAACGCUGAUCAUUUCCUUACUGAAACUUCAAAUAACCUGUGUGCCACAGGGAUCGGUUCUAGGACCUUUAUUUUUUACUAUUUACAUUAAUUGUCUGGAUUGUAAAGCCCCGAACACAAAUUUUCACUUUUAUGCCGAUGACACAGUGAUAUAUUGCUCUGCGUCUACCCAAAAUCAAGCUCUCUGUCAGCUUCAAAUUGCUUUUAACACUGUGCAAUUUAAAACUUGUUUUAAAUGCUGACAAGACAAAGCUCAUGCUGUUCACAAAAGCUAAAUCAAAGCCCUCGGACCUCCCUCCUAUAACCACUUUGCAGGGCUCUAUCACUGAAUCUGUGUCUCAAUAUAAAUAUCUGGGAAUUAUAAUUGAUGAUGCUCUCUCUUUUAAACCUCAUAUCCAGCAGCUUUUGAAAAAACUAAAGAUAAAAUUAGGUUUUUACUUUAGAAACAAAUCUUGUUUUUCUUUUGAAGCCAAAAACAGACUUGUUGCUGCAUCCUUUUUGUCUGUGUUGGACUAUGGUGAUGUUUUAUAUAUGAAUGCAUCUUCAAAAUGCCUACAGUCUUUGGACAGGGUCUAUCACGGAACACUGAGAUUUGUUACUAAUUUUAAAACCCUCACGCACCACUGCUCUUUGUAUGCUCGAGUUGGAUGGUUUGUCCUGUCCACCCGCAUACUCCAUCACUGGCAUAUCCUAAUUUAUAAAACUAUCCUCGGUGUUAUUCCUACAUACCUGCAGAAGUAUGUAAUUCAGAAAAGCACAGGAACUUAUCAGCUCCGCUCUGAGGACUUGUUUUUACUGACUGUGCCUAGAGUCCAUACUGAACUGGGGAAAAGGGCUUUUAGUUAUGCUUCUCCUUUUUCAUGGAACCAGCAGUAGGGAAAAUGCAGACAGAGAGAUAGCAGAAGGUGUUCAGGUCUUCACGUCUCUGAUGGAGUCUGUUGAGAAAGGCCUGAAUGAGCUCAUCAAAACUAUAGAAGAGAAUCAGAGAAUGAAACAGAAACUAGCUGAAGACUCCAUCAAAGAGCUGGAACAGGAAAUCUCUGAGCUGAAGAAGAGAAGAACUGAGAUGGACCAGCUCUCACUCUCUGAAGACCACAUCCACCUCUUCCAAAGCUUCCCGUCCCUGAAGGAUGUCCCACCCACCAAGGACUGGACAGAGGUCAGUGUCCCUCCAUCAUAUGAGGGGACUGCGGUGAGAGCUGUGGCUCAGCUAGAGGAGUAAAGAGAUGAAGAAACUGUUUAAUGCUGAGCUGAAGAGGGUCCAGCAGUAUGCAGUGGAUGUGACUCUUGAUCCCGAUACAGCACAUCCCAACCUCAUCCUGUCUGUUGAUGGGAAACAAGUGACUAAUAGUGAUACGAGUAAGACUCUCCCAGACAAUCCACAGAGAUUUUCUCAUUGUGUUUUUGUCUUAGGAAAGCAGAGUUUCUCUUCAGGCAGAUUCUACUUUGAGGUUCAAGUUAAAGGGAAGACUAAAUGGAAUUUAGGAGUAGUCAGAGAGUCGAUCAACAGGAAAGGAGAAAUCAGUCUGAGCCCUCAGUAUGGUUUCUGGACCAUAUGGUUGAGAAAUGGAAAUGAAUACACAGCUCUUGAUUACCAACAUGUCAGUCUCUCUCUGCAGUCUCAGCCUCAGAAGGUGGGGGUGUUUGUGGAUUAUGAGGAGGGUCUGGUCUCCUUUUAUGAUGUAGAUGCUGCAGCUCUUAUCUACUCCUUUACUGGCUGCUCCUUCACUGAGAAACUCUACCCAUACUUAUGUCCCUGUAAUAAUGAUGGUGGUAAAAACUUUGCCUGUCUGAUCAUCUGUCCUGUCAAUCAAACUGCCUGAGUUUCUUUAUGAUCAGCAAGUUAUUGAACAAUAACGCUUUGCCAACAAUACACAUAAAGAUAUUAAGAUCGUAAGAUUUUACAUCCACAGCGUAAAUAUAUUCCCAACAAAGUUUUUAUACUACAAUACUGUACAGCAUAUGUAUAAAUGUACAUAUUUGUACAGGUUAACCUUGUUUUCAUCUGAAUAUAUUUGGUUAUUGCUUCACCAUUUUUGUCAUUGUGUCUCUCAGUGUGUCGUAAAGAGAACAGAAUGAGUCACUGUUAUAAAGGUGGGUUUGUUAAUAUUUGUAAGGUUUGUUAAAGAGAAAAUAUUUUUAUUCACUGUAUCUGUUUUCUUCAGUUAUGUAGUGAGAAGUCAUUUAGUAAAUGAG